AUCCUGAGAAGAUAGAGAACUCCACAUUGCGCACAGACAGAAAUGAGCCUUCCCUGCAGAUUGCUGCUCGCCUGUGUGCCACGCGAUCUACUGAGAGAACGCUCUUUCAUCGGAACCCUCGUGACCAGAGGAAGAAGAAGAAACGGGCGAUUUCGAAGCGCCGCAAACCCUACUUAUAUCUCCUAUAGCUCCAAAGUUCUAUGCGGGCUUCUACCCACCGAUCCGUGGUCUCCGACAGUCGAUUCACAGAGCAUAGCUUCCCAGCUCUUCGCCAUCUCGCUCUUCCCUUACCUCGGCUUCCUGUACUACAUCACUAGGUCAAAAACCGCCCCCAAGCUCACUCUCUUCGGUUUCUACUUCCUGCUCGCCUUUGUCGGCGCCACAAUACCCGCUGGCAUUUAUGCUAAGCUGAAGUAUGGAACCUCAUUAGCUAAUGUUGAUUGGCUGCAUGGCGGUGCUGAGUCGUUGCUUACUCUCACAAAUCUGUUUAUUGUGUUGGGACUCAGAGGAGCUUUGAGAAAAAUCAAAAACUCCAACAAACGCCAAGAUGAUAAAUCUGCUUCAGAUGUUAAAGAAAAGCAAUCCUCUCUGUAGAUAAUUGUGUAUUUUAGUGAUUAUCGUUACCAUGGGAGACUAAUGUGCAAAAUUUUUUAUAUACUCUCAUUACCAACAUUUGUGCUGUGCUCCAGACAUUUUAGAGUUCAAAUUACUUAUAUAAAACAAUCGUUUUUC